CUCAUUGUGGCGUCAUUUUCUCUUUGAUUAGUCAUCAGAGAGGAGCUCUAGAGAAAACCUCUUAAACAAGAAAGAGGAUCGUGUUUUUGGUGAUAAAACACUAAUCUCAGAAUAAUGAAGCCUUUGAUGGUUGUGAUGCUGAUAUGCGUGGCUGUUUUACCAGUCAUCAAGUCAAAGACCAACAAAACUCCUGUGAGAUACUCAGGUUUUUCGUGUUUGUCGGGUCGUCCUGGUAUACCCGGUCUACAUGGUAAACCCGGUGCCCCUGGACGUGACGGUCGCGACGGACGUGAAGGUAUACAAGGCAAACGAGGUCCCCGAGGAUUCCAAGGAUCUCCAGGAUCACAAGGACGUCCCGGAUCUCCUGGUAGUGACGGUAAACCCGGUGCUCGUGGACCCCAGGGGCUGAAGGGAGAUGCUGGUCCAAAAGGAGACAAGGGAGAUCGUGGACCAAGAGGUCUGUCAUCUCAUUCCAACUGGAAGGAAUGUUCUUGGAAGAAUAUCGAUGAUGGCAAGGACAAAGGUCUGAUCAAGAAUUGUUUUUUCCAUAAGAAAUACAGCCACACCGUACUACAUGUCUACUGGAAUGGUGAUUUCAGAAUUUACGGCUGUAACAACUGCUGUAAACGCUGGUUCUUUACCUUCAACGGUGCUGAAUGCAAGUCCCCUAACGCCAUUGAUGGGAUACUGCACAUGGGAACAGGAAAGAACCAAAACAUCCAUCGAGUCCGCCAUAUUGAAGGUCACUGUGACAAGAUCCACAAGGGAAAAGUAAAUGUAGGUUUCAACGUUGGAAACUGCAAAGGGUACGGGAAUGCUGACGCAAGGACAGGAUGGAAUUCCGUAAGCCGUCUGUUUAUAGAAGAGGUGCCCAGGCCACAGAAGUGAUCUCGUCCAUGACCACCACAGCCAACCCAAUGAUAAUUCAAUGCAAGGUUUCUAAAAGAAGAUAAAGAUGAUAAUUACUUGAUAAAGAUAAAAUAGUAGGGUUUGUAAUAAACCAUCAGUGGAUUUAGAAUAAGUUAAUCAUCUGUAAUAAGGUGUUGGGUUGAAUUAAAUCAUGAAUUGAUGCAAA